UGUCUUUUGUUGAGAAAAGCUUGUGUUGCACUACAGCUUCGCUAAGAUAUGUUGAGUGCCGUCGCAGCCCGCAAAGCCUCUGCAAGACAGGCGAACGAGCGACCUGCCCAGUCAACGCCCCAUCCGGCGUCGGUUCAAGCAUUCGGAGAGUGGAGUCCUUCACGUCCCAUUGAACUCGACUCAGAGCCCGAAGCACCCAGACCCGAACCAACCGUGAUAUCCAAUUUUUUACCUGUUCUCGGCCAAAAUACCUUCGCUGUCACUCAUGAUGAUCUCUCUGCGAUGGGGUUCCAGGGCGAUGGGGGGAUGGUCUUGGUUCUAAAUGCCAAUGAAUUCGUCGCGCUCCUCGGUGUCUACCUCCUCGCUGUGCUCCAAGGUCGUGCAAAACUAUGCGGCGUCGCGCUCGGUCCUUCGGCGACGCAACACCGAGUAUUCGCACCAAGGUCGUCGCCUAUACCCGUGAUCUCGUGGACUUCUAAGGAAAGCCACUUGAAAACGUCGCAGCGACUGUUACCACCCAAUGUUCACGCAAACCCAGACGCGACAGUCGUACUGAUUCAGUACGCGAGCACAGGUGUGGAGGGUUUAGGUCGCAUAUGCAGAGUUUUUGAGAAUAUCGGAAUCCCCGAACUACGUCUCGUAUCUCACAGUACAAAGGAUACGCUGCCUUUUAUUCUCCCGCCCUCCUGGGAGGCUGGGCUCGCAUAUGUGGAUCCUGCGUCUAAUAGCAAGACCGACAUUACUGUGACGCCACUCUGUGUGGUUAAAGGACCAAAGAAGUCUGGAAAAAGUACAUUCUCUCGCACUCUGCUAAAUCGACUCUUGAAUCGUUAUCGGCGCGUUGCAUUCCUUGAGUGUGAUGUUGGUCAAUCUGAAUUUACUCCUGGCGGCAUGGUUGCUCUCACCAUUAUAGAGAGCCAUGUUUUCGGACCUCCCUUUACUCACCCAAGUUUACCCUACAGGGCGCAAUACAUUGGAUCAUCCACCCCUCGCGCAAAUCCUUCUUAUUAUCUUUCUGCAAUACAAUCCCUUCUAGAGACAUAUAAACUAGAAGUGCACAUCCCUGCACUCACUGACACUUCGUCAUCUAGUGACGGUCGUGUCGAGGAUGUCAUCCCACUUGUAGUCAACACCAUGGGCUGGACAAAGGGCCUCGGUGCCGACCUUAAUGCACAGAUUGAAGCACUAGCCGAGCCUUCCUACGUUUUCGAGAUUGAAGGCUCGGAGGAAUGGGGUUGGCCCGCCCGAUCAGCCGAGCUGGUUGGGGACAAUGCUUUCCCGCUUUGCACCCCCGCCAAGGAUAUUGUACGUGUACAACUGGAAGCUAUACAGGCAGAGGCGACGAAUAUGCAUGUAUACUCGGCCGCCGACCAUCGGAAUAUCAACAUCCUGUCUUACUUCCAUGCAGCCUUUCCACCCUUCAUUACAGAACAGCAGCCGUCUGCCUCGGUUCCCUUCUCUGCUGUACCGUCUCCAGUCGCUCUGCGCCAGGUCUUGGCCAAAUGCUGGGAUGCUACACUUCCACUGUGUGCGCGGUACCCAUUCGAAGUUUCUUGUCAGAGUGCAUUUGACAGGGUGUACCUGGUGGGCUCCGGGUAUGAGGACGUUAUCCCUUCGGAAUUGCCUGGUGUUCUCAAUGGCGCAGUGGUAGGCCUUGCGGCGUACGAUGAAAGCACGAAAGAGGCGGAGAUAGAGCCAGUGGAUCAAGGGGUUUCCUCGCUACCCUACUCUCCUGGUCAACCCCCACCCGAUCCUUCAACGUCGAAUUGUCUUGGUCUCGCACUCAUACGUGGGGUUUUCUCUUCCAGUGAUCCAUCGCCGACGCCUUCACAUUCAUCGUUGACACAUCUUCAUGUCCUUACUCCACUUCCACCAUCCGUUCUGAGACACGCACGCGUACUAGUCAAAGGCGAGCUUGAACUACCAAUAUGGGGCAUGCUCGACUUCAGAGAGGGUGAGGAGGGGGGUGUAGCGGGCGUAGAGAAAGAUCAGGUACCUUACCUGCAAUGGGGGAAGGGUGAGGGAUUGGGAAGCCAGAGAAGGCGGGUGAGGAGGAACUUGAUGCGCAAGGCACAGAUGUAAAAAUCAGUGCAUCAGUGUAUCCGAAGGUGGGAGAUAAUUUAUCUGAAAAGUACAAGUAUGUCAGAAUAAAUCAUUAGUCCCCGUUUUCCAUCCAAAAGAUUUGCAGAGAAACACAUGGCUUCAUAACGUUGGCGAGGAAUUUCUACACCUACUAGUCGUCGUCGCGAGGAAGAGAGACACCCUCGUGUUCGGGUAUUUGCCGGAUCGCUUCUAUCCUGGGACUGUGACAACUGGAAUUGGAACACAAACAUACAGU